UAACGACGCUGAAGUUAGCUUUCGAGUCGUUGUUCCCGAUUCAGCAGGUAAAGAGAAAAAUAACUCCCAAUGUUUGGCGACCAAUCCUCGGCUUUUUGCUCCUUUUACUGUUGUGAGAGCGCCUCAGACAUUUAAGGAGUAAUCUGUGUGGAAGGAGAGGGGUUUCCUGACCGCACUGCCAACAACUUUUUACAGGAGGUCCCACCAACACCCGGUGCCAGUGCGCGCUCCUCUGACGCAACCACGUCGCUGUGGCUCAACGCGAUGGCGGACCGCAAUGUCCCCAGACCUGCCCAGGGAGGGACGGAGCAAAGUCACUGAGCCACUCUCACCGGCUCCGUCAAACUGACCACCUGUUAAAGAGAGCCCGCCGCUGCCAUUGCCGUCCCUCCCGUGAAAUAGUAUGUGGGACGGGAUCUGCUCGGAGUGCACUGACCGGGACGAUCCAGAAGUGGAGUGAAGAGGAGCGGAGUGCGCCGGGCUGACGCACCGCAUGUUGAACCAGCAAGUUGACUGAAAUAACAAAAGUCGCGUCGACGGGGAAGGGGACAGCCGCUCUUGGAUUUAACGGAGGUUUGAGGGGACAGUUGUUCCGGCAAAAUGAAAUUCGCGGAGCAUCUUUCGUCCCACAUCACUCCAGAGUGGAGGAAACAGUACCUUCAGUAUGAGGCGUUCAAGGAUAUGCUGUAUGCUGCCCAGGACCAAGCCCCGUCCAUAGAAGUCACAGAUGAAGACACAGUAAAGAGAUACUACGCUAAGUUUGAGGAGAGGUUUUUCCAGACCUGCGAGAAGGAGCUCCUGAAAAUCAACACAUUCUACUCAGAAAAGCUUGCUGAAGCCCAGAGACGUUCUGCCACGCUGCAGAAUGAGCUCCAGUCUUCACUGGAUGCUCAGCGUGAGAGCAACGCUCCGCCUGGCCUGCGAAGACGCAAGACAAUGUUCCACCUGUCGCAGGAGGAGCGCUGCAAACACCACAACAUCAAGGACCUGAAGCUAGCCUUCAGCGAGUUCUACCUCAGCCUCAUCCUGCUCCAGAACUACCAGAAUCUGAACUUCACUGGCUUCCGUAAAAUCCUGAAGAAACAUGACAAGAUCCUGGAUACAUCUCGUGGGGCUGAUUGGCGUGUGGCUCACGUGGAGGUGGCACCUUUCUACACCUGCAAGAAGAUCACACAACUCAUCUCUGAGACAGAGACCAUUGUCACCACAGAGCUGGAGGGAGGAGAUCGUCAGAAGGCCAUGAAGAGGUUGAGAGUUCCUCCACUGGGGGCAGCUCAGCCUGCUUUGGCCUGGACAACCUUUCGUGUGGGGCUCUACUGCGGCUUCUUUAUCAUUCUUGCCAUCGCCUUCAUUCUCUCUGGUGCUGUGUUCAUCCGCUUUGAGAACAUCUGGCCACUGGUGCGGAUCUAUCGAGGCGGUUUCCUUUUGAUCCAGUUCCUCUUCCUGUUGGGCAUUAACACAUAUGGAUGGAGGCAGGCAGGAGUCAACCACGUCCUCAUUUUCGAGAUCAACCCCCGAAACAACCUCUCACACCAACACCUGUUUGAGAUUGCUGGUUUCCUGGGUGUGUUGUGGUGUCUCAGCAUCCUCUCCUGUCUCUACUCAGAGUACACAUACGUCCCCAUGCAGAUCAACCCGCUAAUCCUUUAUGGCUUCAUGGUGCUCUUUCUCAUCAACCCCUUCAAGACCUGCUACUACAAAUCACGUUUCUGGCUCCUUAAGCUGCUGUUUCGUGUCUUCACAGCACCUUUUCACCGGGUAGAGUUCGCAGACUUUUGGCUGGCAGAUCAGCUCAACUCUUUGGUGUUUGUUCUGAUGGAUCUGGAGUAUCUCAUCUGUUACUACAUCUUUGAGCUGCAGUGGGGCAACAGCAAGGGCCUGCUGCCCAAGUUUAAAGAUCCUGAUGACCACGUAUGCCACAGUUACUCGUACGGUUUGCGUGCCAUCAUCCAGUGUCUGCCUGCCUGGUUCCGCUUCAUCCAAUGCCUGAGGCGUUACCGUGACACCAAGAGGGCCUUCCCUCACCUGGUGAAUGCUGGGAAAUAUUCCACCACCUUCUUUGUUGUCACCUUCGCUGCGCUCUACGCCACACACAGAGAGCAAGGACACACCGAUGCCGACAUGUUCUUCUACCUGCUGAUCGUGUUCUCCACCAUCAGCUCGUUGUACACACUGAUCUGGGAUCUGCGUAUGGACUGGGGUCUGUUUGACCGCGGAGCUGGAGAAAACACCUUCCUAAGAGAAGAAAUCGUUUACCCACACAAGGCCUACUACUACUGUGCCAUUAUAGAAGAUGUGAUCCUACGUUUUGCAUGGACGAUCCAAAUCUCUCUGACCACGAUGACCAAGAUCCACUCUGUGGGCGACAUCGUAGCCACGGUGCUGGCUCCCCUCGAGGUCUUCAGGCGUUUCGUGUGGAACUUUUUCCGUCUGGAGAACGAGCACCUGAAUAACUGUGGUGAGUUUCGAGCUGUGAGGGAUAUCUCUGUGGCGCCGCUCAAUGCUGAUGACCAGACACUGCUGGAGCAGAUGAUGGACCAGGAGGACGGCGUCCGGAAUCGCUCAGGCAAGAAGACCUGGAAGAGGUCCUACAGCCUGUCGCUCCGACGCCCCCUACUGUCCUCUUCACAAUCGAAAAAGGACACAAAGGUGCUUAUUGAAGACACGGAUGAUGAAGCCUUCAGCUGAAUCCACAAUGUCAGUAUGUACAAACACAAACACACACACAGACAUACUAUACUUAGAGGGACCUCAUUUACUAACACUCAACCUCAACCCUUCUCCCUUGUAGUGAUAAGAGUAGUGACCUUCACCCUCAGUCUAAACCUCUAAAGCAGUGUGGACCUCAGACUGUCCUCACUUUGGACAAUUUACCUCAUCUUUACGUUCCUGUGAGUAUAUUUGGUCUUUAUAAGUAUAGAAAAACACACACUGUAACGCAGAAACACACAUAAAGAUAAACCUGCUGAAGCACAAACAUAGUGUAAUAUUGCUACAGUUGAUGAGAGAGCUAACACAGACAGACAGAUGGACAGACGUCACGGGAAAUCUUCUGCACAUAAGAGGAAACACAGACCACACUGCCCUGGGAUUAUUCUCUUCCCCUUUAAAGGACUUUUUUUUAGUAUGUGUUGUUUACUUUGAGAUGUUUGCGUUUAUUUAGAUCUGUCUUUACUUUUCCUGGAUUUAUUUUGGAGACGCUGCAGAGACGACUGUUUACACGCCUUUUUAACUACACUAGGAUCAACAGGGAGAAGACAAGCCAAUCAAAAGACUAGUUAUUAAUCAAUAGAAACCUGAGGAAGGACUCAACACACACAACAGCAUAUCAAAACAAAUCAACUGGUUUCAACUUGUUGAUUCUUUUUAUACUCCAUCUUUUUUUCUUUCUGGUUGAGUUGUAAUAACGUCCGCGUACAAUCACAACCUGGAGGCACUUGCAGGAAAAGUGCAUUUAAUAUACAAAACACAAAAAAAACAAAUUAUAAACAAAAAGGGAUGUUAUGAUUCAAACAUUUCUAAUCUGUGAAGUUGCUUUGUAAUAUAUUUAAUAUAUUUUGAUGUGCAUUAUUACUCUAUUGUAGUUGUUAAGUACUUCUACAUGUGUUGUUUAUACUAGUGAGACUAGUUUGAGCAUCCACUUGAUGAUUGUUAAUGUAUUUUAUAAUGUUUGGAAUGUUUUUAUUGGUUAGACUUGUGCCAUGUUUUUAAUAAGCUCAUAGUUCGAUUUGUCACCGACCUCAAAUUAGUGCAAAACUGACCUGCGAACCAUCGUGUCAUGACUUCUUAAAGUGCCCUAUUAGAUACAGUACACGUGUGCAUUGCUAUUCUUUGCAUUAACUACCAAAGCUUAAUUUUUCUGAAUGUGUCAAUCCACUUUAUUUUAAGAUUGGAGUGAUCUUUAACAAAAGUUCAUAACUGUUUUAGCAGGUAGGAUCCGUCUUGUUGGAGUGUGUCAAGAGUGAUGUGAUGUACCGCUUUAAAUGGUCAGUUGAAUUGUCAGUGAGUCAAAGUGUGUCAGUGGUUCUCAAACUGGUAGAGGGAUCGGGUGACUUUUUAAAAUCAUAUUGAACAAGAGAGCUCUGAUGCUAACAAGAAUUUCAAGAUCCAGGUCAUCAAGGUUUAUUCAGACGGAAAAAUGUCAUGUAAAGUACAGGAUGGACCGUUUUUUGACAGGAAAGAAAAUCAAAUACAUUGCAAUAGACUAACAGAAAAACAAUGUCUCUUUACACUAACUUGGUACUAUAACUCGGUAGAAAACCUCCACGUCACAUACAUAAAAUAAAACAGUCCUGAGCAAAGGCUUGCUCAAUCAGUUAAUAAGAGCCCCCCCCCCCCCCAAAAAAAACAUUAUCAGUUAAAGUGUACACUACAUUUAGAAUAUUUGUAUCACUUUAUCUUUCCAUCUAUAAUUUUACUUUGCGGAACACAGGAGUUCCUGGUCUACUUAGUGCGUAAGGUAAAGGGAUGAAAAUAUUUCAAAUAUGGUGUAAACUUAAUCUGAUUUUGAUUUUUCUAACAAGUUUGCUGAUUUUCCGUAUUUCUGCAAUUGAAAUAAGUUGCCAAGGAACCUAUAAAUAAUAUUUUAUAUCUCCCUUGGUUGUCUACCCGGACGAUAUUGUUGUUUUUAUAGUGAUGUCACUGUGAUUCGGUCUAUAGCCUCACACACGCAUCCACGCAUUUAUGCAGCUGUUUGUGGAGUCAUCUCUCCACAAAAUCUUGUGCAAGUCUGUGAAUCCAUUUGGAAGUUAUGUGCCUUUUCUGCAAUAGGCCACUCCCAUUACUACGCCCUCUUCAAGCCAAUUGGCUUGAAAACAAAUACUAAGUUAUAAGGAAUAAGGAAGUUUGAGAACCACUGGUACAUUGCAAAACACUUUAUAUGGUCAACAGACACUAACAAAAGCUCAGUGUUGCCAGAUGGAGCAGUUUGCACAGAAUUGAGCUACUUCUGUGUAAUUGUGCAGAAAAAGUGUACAAUUUAGGUGGUUUCCUCCAACAUAAAGUAAUGCUUUCACCAAAAAAGGCAACUUCUUUACUCUAUAUAUUAUUCCCAUAUUAUAAAACAGAAUGAACAUGGAUGCGCACCUCAUCCAGCAUCUGUAACAAAAAAAGUUUAAUUUUAUGACAAGUAGGCAACUUCGAGACUCAUCAGUGGCAAUCAAAUCUGGCAACACUGCAAAAUCUCUCUCACCACAUCAUACCUGUCAGCAGAUACAUGUUUGUUUGUUUCUUGUGUUCAGUGUUGACUUGCUCAUUUUAGCACUUUCAAAAAAAAUUGAUUUCAAGUGUUGUGAUUUGUUAGAUCAAAUGUAAUAUGCUAAUCUUUGCUAAGGAAAGUUAGUAACCACCAGGAAAAAUGUGCUGUACAUCUGACAUCCACUUCUGCCCCUUUCUGUGUUGUUGCUGCUGUUAAAGGCCCCCUGGCUUUCAAAAGGAUGUUAAUUUAAAUGCUGGUUUGUACGUUUCACUUUCUCUUCCUGUUUGACCCUGUCACUCUGCUCCGCUGUUCCUCCCUGUGGCUUCACAGCAGCUAGUCAUGAGACUAAGCCCAGUGAGCCUCAAGUUACAGAAAGUCGUGUUUCUUUUUCUUCCGUUUUUCCCGUAGUGGCUAAAAGACUGAAAGCUUCUAUGUGCAAUGAGCUUAAUGUGAAAACUAGAAAGCUAGAAAAAAAAGUUAAAAUGUAGAAGAUGGGUAGCUUCCCGAUCCAUUUUAAUACACUAGACACCAUGACUGCAUACAGGCGUAAAACAUGACACACACACACACACACACACACACACACACACACACACACACACAUACACACAGCCCACAUUGCCUCUCUCUCUUGUGUCGGAGAGCACAACUCUACAGCAGAUAGUUUUGUAAAAAGGCUCUGUUGUCUUGCCUGCAUGCUGCUUUAGUUUUACAUUGUACAUAGGUCUUAAUUUAUUUGACAUGAUGUGUAUAUUAGCAAUCAUUGUAGCUACUGUGACAAUGAUUGAUUUCAUACGUUGCCAUUUUUGCUCCAAGACAAGCAGUAUUUUUUAGGCGAUGAGGAGCUCUUUUUUCAAUUGUUCACGGUCCUGCACUUCAUGUGUAAAUCUGUUGACAAUGUGUUUGUAUAAAAAUAGAAAUCCAUAGAACUGGAGAAUGUGAUUGGUCGUAUCUUGUUGGUGAUUCCUUCUUAUUUCAUUCGAGGCUUUGCGUCCAGGGCUUGUGGAGGAGGCGUGAGGGGCAGAUGUCCUGAAGCUGUAAUACUGUUUGUACAUUUGUGAAUGUGCAUGAAAAUAUUGUGGAUCUGUUGUUGUAAACUGCCCGGCUGACAGAAGCACUUUGACAUACUGUAGGGCACAGGAACAGAGAGGACCCACACCAUGACAAGAUACUGUUAAACUGAUCCCAGAUCUGCCCGAGCUCCUCUUGAAUUCGCUCUUAAACAGAUCCAGGAUUUUUAUUCGAAGCUUUCUGACAUGCUUCUCUGCGAGAAAAACAAAUGUUUCGGUGACCAGUGUCUGUUCACAGUAUGUGUAACCCGCUGCCAAAAACAGAAAAAAGGGUUAUUUUGUACAGUUUGUGUCUGAUGAAAUGAUCCUCAGCCCUUACAUCCCAUUUUUCUCAUGGGUGAUUUUGCUUCCACUGCUCGCUGAAACCCCCAUGAUGUUAAAGUGCUUGAUAUGUGUCCGCCCCUCCCUGCCACUCUCUUGAUGUUGUUCGUACCCUUUCUCUAAUCUAGCUGAACGUGAUAGUACCUGUAGUUUGGUAGAUGGAUGUUCUACUUUGAUAAGAUACAAAAAAAAGAUAAUAGAAUAAAUACAUUGUGGCUAAAUGUGAUUUUAAGAGACAUAAAGAGAGAAAAUGUCUUACAGUCUGAACCAUCUCCCACCCGAGUCCCUUUUACAGAGUAGUUUGUACAUGUCAAGUGUAUAACGCCAUUCUAUGAUGGUUUUCCUGAUGGUAUUUGUAUUUCUGUAUACACUUUGGUGAUCCUGUCAUAUCUGGGUUUUAUAAACCACGAUUAUU